AUGCGGCAUAACUUGGCAAAAUGCGGCAUUCCUACGAUGCUGGACACAGCAGCCACACUUUGCACUGCUCAAGUUCUCAUCCCCGCCGCCAACAAGAACCCUACACACCCUCCUCCCCCGACUGCGAGCACAAUGAGCGCACUGCGGCUUGAGAGGCUCGGUCUUUGCAUACUCCCCCGCAAGAGUCAACAGGCCGUCAAAAUAUUUUGUCAUCACCCAGGUCAGCGACAUCCCCGUGUGCCUCGCCGCCCCAUCCAGGUCCGUAAAGUUGCCCACAAAGUCAUACUUUCGCUGCGAUGCCCUAUAACCACCACAGCCCUUGCCGCCGAUGGGCGUGGUCGCCGUCGCGCUGGUAGCGCCCCCGCGAGAGGUAUCGGCAUCUCAGUGAGACUGGUGCUUGGAUCUGCGUGGAAGACCACAGCGACCGCCGCCGCUGGGCUGGUCUAUCCCGUCUACUCGCACACGCUCUGA